AUGGAUUUGCAGUCUCCAUCUGUGCUGGCGCAAUUGCCUCGCCCCCUACACGCCUCCACCGGCCAAACACGUAUCGGCGAUGUCUUCAGUCUUGCCGAUGCGAAAAAACGCAAGCGCUAUGAAGUCGCAGUCGCCGUUGAUGGAGAGGCUGUCAACAUCUAUAACGUGCAAACCCCAAAGCUCGUGACUUCUUACGCUGUCCCGCCGCAAUCUACUUUCUCGUGCCGCCCAUGCUCAAUCCGCCAGAAAGUGUCAAAGAAGUCAGCAGUUCGAAGACAGACAUAUACAGCGGUUACCAAGCCCGAACAUCAGAUAAAAUGCUUUGUGGAGGAGAUUGGAAGCACCGGCUCUAGUGCCCCGAUUAUCUCUUCGUCGACUACCACCGUGACCGACUCAACCAGCCCUACCACCUUCGUUGGAAUUGUCCCUUCAAGUACCGGUGCAGAGAGAGAGGCGGAUCCAUUCGAUAUUUUGGCUGUUCACGAGGACGGUCGUGUGCGCAGACUGUCCUCGGACCUGAAAACCCAACGAUGGAGUAUCCAGCACAGCGAAAUCGCCAAAGUAUGCGCUACGCAUAAUGUCCAAUCUAGCUUUUUGGUCGAGUUCGAGGAUGCCAAGAAGGCUUUGUUCAAAAGACGGCAGGACCUUGCCUCAUUGGCACUAGGCGAUAUCAUCACCGCCGGUGUCAACGAACCAUCCAUUUUGCUUAUCGUGUCGCACCCACAGAGCGCCGGUCGAGUCUCCUUGAAGGACAUCAUUGUUCAAAUGUUCUCUGUUCCCGCCGAUUCGAAAUCCGAGUCUCGUGUGGACGAAAGCCAGCGCCUGCGCCAUUUGCAAACUUUCCACAUCCCGGACGUGAACGGCUUGGAGACUACCAAUGACAACGCAAUGCAGUGGAGCUUCCAUUCGGGCUCCGCAGGAUUGAACCUUUCUUUCGAGAAGGGAUUCAUUAACGUUGAUCUCUCUCAAUACUCUCCCUCGGUGACAUCGCAAUUUGUUCUCGAGGACGAAAGAUUUACCUCUGUCAUGCGCAUUUCUCCUCAAUCCAUCAUCGGAGCACAGAAAUCGCUUGUGGCCGUGUAUGAUACCCAGUACCAUUCUGUGCAGCGCAGUAUUCCCGUUGGGGACCUCUUGUCAAGCACUGGUUCAGCUCCGGAAACUCCCACAAACUUCAUUAGCUACUUUGCCAAGCUUGGAAUCGCAGUGGCAACCAAAGGCAAUACCCUUAUUGCCUUUGAUUUGAGCUCUCUUCCCAGUGCGCCGAGCUCUUCACUGAAGCGUACAAGGGAUAGCCUACUUAUUGAUGCCAUUGGAAGAGGUAUUGGGUCAUCUGCUGCCCAAUGGGACGUUGCAUCCAAGAAACACCGGUCUGACAACGUGGCGUCGCUCCGACUCAACUCUCCAGAAGAAGUCACCAAGUGGACUCAACUCACAACCACCGUUGAGAAGGCUACUGCGGCGAAGAACGUUGACUUGUUCGAUAAUGCCGUUUUGACUUACUUUAGCACUGCCGACACCUCAACUGUUCUCCCAGUGCGCGGACAAUAUGUCAACUCAGAAGCAACUCUUUUCCUGCUGUCGAAGAUUUUCGCUGUCGAGGAAAUUGCUUCCAAUGAUACAAUUUCUGCUUCCUCGUCUUCUCAACUUCGCGUUGCCAUGUGGCCUCCGACCACUUGUGACUGGCUUAUCCGCCUGGGACACUUCUCCCUCGACAAUGUUGAGAUCGCCCUGCGCCGGGCCUGCAAGCCCCGUAUCCUGCAGUCUUUCCCAACCGGCUCAUUCAUCCAAGCUCUUCUGGACUCUGACCCAUCCCUGAAGCAGGUGAACCAAGUGCUCGAUGGACCCACCUUGAUUUCAUCUGACGAGCUUGCCUACGCUCUGAAGUCCUUCUUGAAUCAGGCUCGUUCCCACUCUGGGACUCUCGAGGAAACCGCUCGUGCGAUCACAAACGGUGACCUGGCAACACCUACGCAAGAGCUCUCAAAACAACUCGGGGCUGAAACUGCGACCCUCAAGAGUAUCUUCGCCGGGCUGAAUACCUCCUUACAAAAAAUCCACUCCCAACCUAUGACAGUCGUGGUUGGCUCUCUUCGUUCUAAUCUCUCGCGCACAGAACUUAUCUCUAUGGUUCACCAUCUCCGUCUCUCCCUCGCCACCGGUGGUUAUACCUCUCGGUUUACUGAAAAUCCUCCUACUCCUAUCACACUCGACCAAAUCACCCCUACCCUCUCCCUCAACGUCAUUGUUGACCUUCUCACUGCCUCUGUUGACGCCGUUGGCCCCUCUGGUUGGAUCUCCGCCAUCCCAGCAGUCAACGAGUAUGAGGACUCGGACUCCGCUGCGGCCGCCGCCAGCCGUGAAAUGGAGCUGAUCGCGGACAUGAAGUCAGAAGUCUCCGCAGCACUCGCCGGAGUCGAGGAGGCGACACAUCUCAAAGGCAUCCUAUGCGAGUACCUUCGUUUUGCCGACCAAGUCGACACCUCGAAGGCCCACUCUGAGGACGCGUUGGCCAAGAUGGAUGCCGAAGCCGCGGGUCCAUCCCACUUGGUCCGCCAUGAGAAGCUCAACGGUGCUGACCUGAUGGUCUUCACUCGCCCAGGUGAAGGGGAGGACGGCUUUGAUGGCGAUCACGGAGGCAAGAUGCUGCCUCUGUCACUCAAGGCCGCCUCCAAUGACGUCUCUCGCACGAAGACCAAGAAGUCCACCGGUGAGGUCAAGAACCGCAGCAGCCGUGAGAUUGGAUACCUGCGCCGCAAGGCGGUUGGCAAGUACUCCUUCGAACGACUCAUUAUCUAA